AUGGCGGACGUUCAAAAAAAUGGCACCGACACGGCCGUCCCGAGCCACCACAAGGCCAUUGUCUACGACAACCCGGGACAAAUCAGCACGCGGAUCGAGACGGUGGCGACGCCGCGGCCCGGGGUGGGCGAGGUGCUGGUGCGCAUCACGCACUCGGGCGUCUGCAGCAGCGACCACGCCGUCAUGACGAACCGGUGGGCGAGCCUGCCGCCGACGGCCGCGGGGCAGGUCGGCGGGCACGAGGGCGUGGGCACCAUCGCCGCCUUCGGCCCCGGCGGCGGCGGCGACGAGCAGCAGCAUCCCGGCGGCACCGCGCUGAAGCUGGGCGACCGCGUCGGCAUCAAGUGGGUCGCCGCCGUCUGCGGCACCUGCCUGCCCUGUCUGUCGGGCCGCGACGCCCUUUGCCACGCCGUCAAGAUCUCGGGAUUCUACACACCCGGCACCUUCCAGCAGUACGUCAUCGCGCCUGCAAACUACGUCACCCCCAUCCCCGACGACGUCCCCAGCGACCUGGCUGCGCCGCUGCUUUGCGGCGGCGUGACCGUCUACGCGGCCCUGAAGAAGUCGGGUGCGCAGCCUGGCGAAUUUGUCGUCGUCCCGGGAGCCGGCGGAGGGCUGGGCCAUCUUGCUGUGCAGAUCGCCAGCCGAGGCAUGGGAUUCCGCGUGAUUGGCAUCGACUCGGGCGAAAAGGAAGCCUUUGUGCGCUCGCUCGGCGCCGAGGCCUUCUUCGACAUUGCACAGUACAGCCGCGACAAGGCCGGGUCGGACCAGCUGGCGGCCGAAGUCAAGGCGGCGACGGGCCGGGGCGGGUUGGGGGCAGCGAGCGUCAUCGUAUGCACCAACUCGAACGCGGCGUACGGGCAGUCGCUCAACUUCCUCGCCUUCGGCGGCUCCGUCGUCUGCGUCGGGCUGCCCGAGGGCGACCCGGUGCCCAUCGCCGGCGCCGUGCCCGGGUUCCUCGUCAGCCAGGAGCUGCGCAUCGUCGGCAGCGCCGUCGGCAACAGGAAGGAUGCCAUUGACACCCUCGACAUGGCCGCCCGCGGGGUCGUCAAGACGCACUUCCAGCUCGAGCCCAUGUCUAAGCUCACCGACGUUUUUGAGCGCAUGGAGAGGAUGGAGCUCCAGGGCCGCGUUGUCAUUGACAUGAGCAAGGAGUGA